UCUAGAUGUAUUACCAUCAUCAUUAGAGAUCAACAAUGAGGCCAUCAGGCGGCCAUGUUUCAACGGGGCUGGGAUGACGUCAUCCAUGUCAAUCACUUCAAGUUGAACAGCUGUUUAUUAUUCUUCCUCCGCCCCUCCUUAUAUCUUCUCUAAACACAACCAACCACUUUUACUCCUGAUAAACAGCGAAAAGAGCAAACAACAUGCCCAACUUCGGUCAGAAAAUCCUCAAAACCUUCGGGUUAGAUGAUCACCAACAGGGACAGGGCCAGCCUCCCCACCAGCAACAACAGUACUACCCGCCACCCCACCAGCAGCCGUAUCGAGGCCAGUUUCCUGGAAACCAUUUCAUUAACCACGAGGAACGAUUCCUCUCCCCAAAUGUACGGGGUACAUACCCACGUAUAGCCAGACUCGGCGACGGGUCAUUGCUCGCCUCGUUUACCGCUUUUGAAGGGAACACACGAAUUCUCACGGUGACGAGAAGCACCGACGGUGGUCGGACCUUCGAGAACUGGGGUGAGGUCUCCCGCGGUGAGGGUGAUGUCGACAACGUGUUUCUCCUUGAGAUUGCACCGGGAACAGUGCUGGCCGCGUUCCGCAACCACGACCUGGGCCCCGGUGGUCCGACCCACUUCCGUAUCACAGUCUGCCGGUCCACUGAUGCCGGCAGGAGCUGGCAUUUCCUGUCGCAGGCGACAGAGAAGGGUGCACCACACGGUGUCUGGGAGCCGUUCAUGCGUCUCGGCCAACAAGGCGAGGUACAAUUGACGUAUUCCUUAGAAUUCGCACAUAACAACCAGAGCACGAUGAUGGUCCGGUCGUUCGACGGCGGCGCCACCUGGACGCAACCGCAAUGUCUGCAUGGCGAAUGCGAUACAUUGCGCGAUGGGAUGAACGGAAUCGCACCCACCCGCGAUAAUGGUCGCCCGGCGCUAGUGAUGAUCUUUGAAACCACCUCGUUUGGUACCUUCAAUCUGGAGGCGCUGCUCUCCUACGACGAUGGCCAGACCUGGGGCUACCGUCAUCGCGUGUAUGUUCCGCCUCAGGGUCGUAACGCCGGUGCUCCACAGAUUGCCUCCUUCGCGGAUGGAUCGCUGGCGGUCAUCUUUAUGACAGAUGAGGAUCAUCCGGAAGUCUCUUGGACGCAGAAUGCCUCCAUCAAGGUCGUCUUUGCCGGACCCCCGCAGGAGGGUCGGAUCUCUUGGUCCCAGCCGCAAGUGAUUUGUCCCCAUACCAGUCACUGGCCGGGUAUUGCGUCCGUUGACCCGCAUACCGUGUUGGCGACCUUUGAAUGUGAGGGACAGCCCAGAGCGAAGGCGAUUACUCUGCAGUAAAUGUGUGGUUUGACCUUUGUUGGUACUUGAAGCGGAUAUUGUGCGGAUAUUGUGCGUUCUACGACAAAUUGGACCACAUCUCAGUGUAAAUCGAAACACUACGGAAUAUAUAUCGGCUUAAUGUAAACAUGACAUGCAAGAUUGUGGCACUU